ACAAGCUCAUGACCAACCAACCAACAACGAAGAUGGUCAAGAACAUCUACUCAGACUACCAAACCCAGCUCACAAACCAACUAACCAACUACAUCGACCGACUAGACAAACAACAACGAACAACCACCACACCAACCACAAGACAAAACAUCAUACAAGAAAUAACAGAGCAGCUGCCAGCACUGCCAGAACAAGCAACCGAACUCAGACGAUUGAUCAUCUCAUCAGUCUUCUCAUCACUCAUCAGUCAUCUCAAUCAGAACAGAAAAGAAGGAGAACAAGACUACACGCUCUACCAUCUACUCGAUCUCGUACUAGCCUUCAUCGAUCAUGGUCUCGCUGCACCCGAACUGGCACUGGGCUGUAUUGAAGAGAUACUCGAGGCUUCGACCGUCCAACAGGCCCAAUUCAUCUUUGGAUAUCUCGAGUCAAGAGUCCAAAGAUUGACUGUCGAUAUGUUGCCCGACAGAGGGAAAGGGCUAAUCUUCCUAAGGAUGCAAAACAACCUCCUCAGAAGACUCUCGAAAUCAUUGCAUACCGUGUUCUGUGGGAGGAUCUUAUGCUUCUUAUCCUCAGUCUUCCCGAUCGCCGAGAAGAGUGGUGUCAACCUACGAGGAGCAUUCAAUCAUGGGAACAUCACCAAGUUCGACCAAUUCGACUCACCCCCCUCGACCAUGCUCAUCUCCAAUAAUAAUAGUACUACCGAUGAAAUCGAAGCGGGCAGUAAAGAGAUCGAGAAAAUUACUCCCCAAGAUUCGACCCCGAGACCAAACGAAGAGAUCAAACCAGAUGAUUCGGCUCGAGUCAAGGCAUCCAAGUCAGCUACCGACAAGCGUGAAUUUUAUACGCGAUUCUGGUCCCUACAAGCUCUCCUUUCGAACCCGCCAGAGCUAUUCAAGUCCUGGACGCCUGACCCGACCGUCCCACCAGCACUCCCCUCAUCAUCAACAACAACGACAACAACAGCGACGACUUCAGCGACUUCAGCGACUUCAGCGACACUUGAUCCCAACUCAUCCCAACCCUCGACUCCGAACCUCAAAAAACUCAAGGACGGGAUCUCGAAGACGUUGGAAGUCUUUGGGAGGAUGACCAAGAAAGAACUCGAACUCGGCACCAGCCAUCUCCAUAAAUCUGAAGACAUGGACGGACUCGAACAGUUCUUCUUUCCCAAGUUCUUGACCAAGAGUAACUUGUUGGACCUCGAGAUUGCAGACCCUUACUUCCGACGUCAAGUCUUGACUCAAUUCUUAAUCAUCUUGCAAUAUAUACGUGGCUUCUCUCCUGAAGAACGAGCCAAACGCGCCUCCUUACCGAAAUCAAACCGGAUCAGUGAAAUCCCUUACGUCUAUCAAGCCAAAGAUGAGGCUUGGGUACUCAAGUUGAGUGGAGAGGUCUGGAAAACGCUUUAUGCUACUCCACCUCAUGGGGAAAUCUUCGCAAUGACGAUCCAACAAAUUCUGAUUCGAGAAUCUAGUUGGAUCAUGUGGAAAGCUGGCUCGUGUGCCAGUUUUGAGAAAGCUAGCUUAGACGACCUCGAUCCGGCGCCUGGAUACAAACGCAUCACCAGUAACCCGGUCAAGUUUCCUCAUCCAGUGGGGACACCUGCUCUCAGUAAACUUUGGGAAAACAAAGUCACGUUGGACUCGAUCGAAAAUAUCGAUCCUACCGCCGGGGUCCCUGAUCUGAAAACUCUGCAUCUGAAAAUUCAGCAUCUUGAUCUUCAGUUGAAACAGCUUCAGGAGAAUCUGCCUCCCGAUACCGAUCCUAAAGCUGAAACCAUAAAAUCACAAGUUCAACAGCUCCAAGAACGAAAAACAGGAUUAUCAUGGAGAGCAUUACGGAUAGCCCAGAGUUCCCACUUACAAUUUUUUGGGAAGAUAGGGAUGCCAGCGGAUAUCAACAAGUUAAUGAUGGUGAUUGAGGAAUCGAAGAACCGAGGGAGUGUACCACUGAGUCGGCCGGUGUCGGGGAUGAACGCGUCGCCGCUGACGACGCCGAACCUCCAAUCGAUGAGUGGCUCGGCGACGACCGGGGUGGAGGAGGAGUCGAUGGGGAAGGCGUGUACAGGGGAGACGACGCAGGAGCUGCAGCGGGUGCCGUCGAACGAGGCGAGCCAGCCGGACGUGGUGAUGCUUGAUGGGGAGAGCAUCAUGGAGAGCGUUGGUGGGCCGGGGGGGUUGGCUAGCGAGCUUGAUGGCGAGCUGAUCAGCGAGAGCUUGCCCUCGGUUGCACCGCCCGUCCCAAGCGGCUCCACCGACGAGGUCCGGUCGGCCACCAGCCCGGUCUCCCGCCCCGCCUCGCCCCAGCCGAUCCCCUCCGCCGUUGCACCCACCGUCUCCACCAUCAUUCCUCCGACCCUCAGCCGUCACCACUCCCAUCCGCAACAACAACCCGUCUCCUCCUCCUCCUCAUCCCAGAUCCGCACCUCACCAACCCAGACCUUGCAUCACGAGCCACACAGGAUGUCGGACGUAGAACAAGUGAUCCGACGGAUGGAGGCCCAAGCAAAUCGGUCCGCAGUCGGCACACCCACCCCUCCGCCUCCGCAGAGCUCUUCUGGUACUUCAGGUGGUCGACAUGGCCCUGGCUCUGGUGGUAGUGGUGGUGGUGGCGGCUCUGGAGAUUACUCUCGCCCUCAUCACCCACAUACAGGUCUACUCUAUUACCACCCUUCGCUACCUUCCCAUCCUCACCAUAACAACCAUGGCCCUCGGCUAGGCCCUCCUCCCGGUCGUCCUAACUCGAAUAAUAAUAGCAACAAUAACUCGAAUCUUAACAAUCUCAAUACUCUGAGAGAGCAUCCCGGGAUCCUUAAACGUCCUGUCGCCGAGGUCAUCGAUCUCGAAGCCCCUGAUCUGGCGAUCGGUAAUGAUCCUAAAAAACAUAAAAAUUAGUCCUCUCUUUUCUUUCUCUUUGGUUCAUACACAGAUAGAUACAUUGACAGAUUAAAAUGGAAUGAAUCGUGUAUUUUUUUUUUUUUUGCUUGGUGGUUAUUAUUAAUGGGGUUUGUAGGUUUGGGUUAA